AUGGGCAACUGUGGUACCAGAGAAGAAUCCGCCGUUGUUUCCAAUGCUCAAGUUCAGCAGCUACAUCCUGCUGCCGGAGCUAGAAACCAAACCACCGGCACCGGCACCGGCGGCGCUAUUGAACGGAAAAACUCCAGUCUCAGACAUCAUCUAACCGAUUCCGCUUCGGAUCUGAGCGAGUCGUGUUCAACGCCGCGCUGGAACAACGCUAAUAAUAAUAAUACACUUCUUUAUACGCACGUUAUAGCUUUCACGCUCUACGAGCUUGAAACCAUAACGAAAAGCUUUCGCGCUGAUUAUAUUUUGGGGGAAGGAGGGUUUGGUACUGUUUAUAAAGGCUACAUUGAUGAGAAUGUUAGGGUUGGACUUAAAUCUCUUCCUGUGGCUGUUAAAGUGUUGAAUAAAGAAGGACUUCAAGGUCAUCGCGAGUGGCUCACGGAGGUCAAUUUUCUUGGACAGCUUAGGCAUCCUAAUCUUGUGAAGUUGAUUGGUUACUGCUGUGAGGAUGAUCAUAGGCUGCUUGUCUAUGAAUUCAUGUUUCGAGGAAGUUUGGAAAAUCAUCUAUUCCGAAAGGCAACUGUUCCUUUAACAUGGGCUACAAGAAUGAUGAUUGCUCUUGGUGCUGCCAAAGGGCUUGCCUUUCUCCACAAUGCUGAAAGGCCGGUAAUCUAUCGUGACUUCAAGACGUCUAAUAUAUUAUUGGACUCUGACUAUACAGCCAAGCUUUCUGAUUUUGGGUUAGCUAAAGCAGGGCCUCAAGGUGAUGAAACCCAUGUAUCCACCCGAGUCAUGGGUACAUAUGGUUAUGCUGCCCCUGAAUAUGUAAUGACUGGCCACCUAACAGCUAGGAGUGAUGUAUAUAGCUUUGGGGUUGUUCUUUUGGAGCUUUUAACCGGAAGGAAGUCUGUUGACAAGACCAGACCCGGGAAGGAACAAAGCUUGGUAGAUUGGGCACGUCCAAAGCUCAACGACAAGAGAAAGCUCCUACAAAUAGUUGAUCCUAGAUUGGAGAAUCAGUAUUCAGUGAGGGCGGCACAGAAAGCAUGUAGCCUGGCUUACUACUGCUUGAGUCAAAAUCCUAAAGCAAGACCACUAAUGAGCGAUGUAGUCGAGACAUUGGAACCCUUACAAAGUUCUACUGUUGGUGCAGACGAAGUCUCAUUAUCAGGAUCAAAUAGUGGGAGUGGCGGUCCUUUUGCCAUGAACAAAAUCUCCGAUUACCGAAUGCGUCACAAGUUUUCAAAUAACGUUGGCCCAGGUGCUACUUGUCGAUCUCCCAACCCAAACUGCUCGCCAGGUCCUGCUGCAGCUUUACGGGUCAGAUGA